ACUACGUGUAGAACUUAUCACCCAAAAUAAACUGCCAGCGAGGAGCGGUGAGGAGAGCACCGGGCGGACGGAGAGAGAGAAGGAGAGACGCAGAAGGAGAGAGAGAGAGAACAGGGAGGGAGAGACAACGGUGUGUUUGACGGCGGGUGCAGGAAAAUGGCCAUGACGGAUCUGUUGAAAGCGGAGGAUAUCAAGAAGGCUCUGGAUGCCUUUGCAGUGGCGGACUCGUUUGACCACAGGAAGUUCUUUGAGCUGGUGGGGAUGCGGGCCAUGGAGGCGGACAGCGUGAACAAGGUGUUCCAGGCCCUGGACGUGGACGCCAGCGGCUAUAUCGAGGAGGAGGAGCUGAAGUUCGUCCUGAAGGGGUUCUCCGAAGAGGGCAGGGACCUGACCGACGCGGAGACCAAGAAGUUCCUUGACGCUGCCGACAAGGACGGCGACGGGAAGAUCGGCAUGGAUGAGUUCCAGGCCUUGGUGCACGAGUAG